AACGCAGAUAAGUGGGAAAGUGCAAAGCAAUCAAACAGCUGAAUUGAAUUCCAUCAAUGGCGGGUUCAGCUUCAGUUCUCUCUCUCUCACCCCUCUACUGCAACCGCGCUUUCCAUAAUGCCAAACCCUCUUCCUCUUCCCAAAAUCGCCUAUUAUCAUUUACCUGCUUCUCGUCCAAGAAGAAGCUCGGCUUCACGGACCAGAUUCUCGAUUACAUUGAAGGUGGACCAAAGUUGAGGAAAUGGUAUGGGGCACCUGAUAUUCUUGAGAAAGAUGGAGAUGAACCAAAUGAAGAUGAGGCUUCAGAGGAAAAUGAAGUUAGAGAUGCUGUGUUAGUAACUGAUGGGGACAAUGAGAUUGGUCAGAUGAUUAUACUUCAGCUAAUCGUCAAAAGACUUCGAGUAAAAGCACUUGUGAAGGACAAGCGUGUUGCCAUGGAAGCAUUUGGCGCUUAUGUUGAGUCUUUGGCUGGAGAUCCAAAGGAGAAGAUCUUCCUCAAGAAGGCCUUAAGAGGCGUUCGUGCAGUUAUAUGCCCAGUUGAAGGAAGCUUGUACAACAUUGAUGGCUGGAAAGGCGUGCAGAAUGUGAUCUUGUUGUCUAAGUUGUCCGUUUAUAGGGAGUUGAGCGGCAUUCAAGCGAUCAUGAACAGCAACGCCAGGAAACUAGCUAAGGAAGAUGAGGAUACGGUGAAGGCCUCUGGUGUCCCCUAUACCAUCAUCAGAACUGGGGUCCUGAAAAAUACACCUGGGGGGCAACAAGGUUUCUGCUUUGAUGAGGGUUGUGCAUCAAAGGGAAGUCUUAGCAAAGAAGAUGCUGCCUUUAUUUGUGUAGAGGCAUUAGACAAUGCCCCUCAGAAUGGAUUGCUAUUUGAGGUUGUUAACGGCGACGAGAAGGUUUCCGACUGGAAAAAAUGUUUUGCUGAUUUGAUAGAAAGAUCAACAUAGGAGCUCGAAAUCCAAAUCCAACGGUUCGAGACUGGUCGACACCAGCGACCAAAGUUUGCUCAAAUGUUUUCGACUGGAUCGUGUAGGAGUACCAUGUGAGUGGCGGCGUUACGAGAUGACUACCGACGAUAUAGAUGUUCUCGGAAUGGUGUCAGCGACACCAUGUAUUUGUGUAAAGAUACUUAGGGUUGAUGUGAAGCAUUAACUGUAUUGACUCUACAUCAACAACUGUAAAAUAUAAGCAUUAAUUGUUACUCCUCUGUCUCAUUAUAAGUGAUACGUUUUUCAUUUUGGAAUGUUUCACUCUAAA